CGCCCUCCACCGCAACGCGCAUGCUCCGUUUAACUCCACGGUUUUAGCAGACGGGAGGCUUUUUUUGACUCAUAGUUUCACUUCUAAUUGUUUAGAAAGUACCGAACAAUUGUAACAACAUUCGGUCCGUAUAAAUCAGGAGGGUUGCACGCAAGCACGCGGUUUAUUUCUACGGUUGCACCGCGGCACCCGCUGGGAACCAAUCGUAGACAUUUCCUGAGUCUCUACUUCUACGCCUACUUAUAUCUUUCGUCUGUAAAACCUCGAACUCGGAAGAGUGCUGAUAAAUGCUGUUUAAUUGCCUUUGGGAACUAACUUUAUAGUAGUAGUUAUUCGUAUUGCCUUCUAAAAGUUGUUUCCGAAGAAGAAAAGAACCGGAUAUGAGUUUCUUAUUUGGAAGCCGUUCAUCAAAGACAUUCAAGCCCAAGAAGAAUAUCCCAGAAGGCUCUCAUCAGUAUGAGCUGCUGAAGCAUGCAGAGGCCACCUUAGGAAGCGGAAACCUUCGAGCUGCUGUGAUGCUACCUGAGGGAGAGGACCUUAACGAAUGGAUUGCUGUCAAUACUGUGGACUUUUUCAACCAGAUCAACAUGCUCUACGGCACAAUCACUGAAUUCUGCACAGAAACCAGCUGCUCUGUUAUGUCUGCAGGGCCCAGGUAUGAAUAUCACUGGGCGGAUGGCACCAACAUCAAAAAACCCAUCAAGUGUUCUGCUCCCAAGUACAUUGACUACUUGAUGACCUGGGUUCAGGAUCAGCUGGACGAUGAAACUCUCUUCCCGUCUAAGAUCGGCGUUCCUUUCCCAAAGAACUUCACGUCAGUGGCGAAGACUAUCCUGAAGCGUCUCUUCAGGGUUUAUGCUCAUAUUUACCACCAACAUUUUGACUCGGUCAUGCAGCUUCAGGAGGAGGCUCAUCUGAACACCUCCUUCAAGCAUUUUAUCUUCUUUGUACAGGAGUUCAAUCUCAUCGAUCGCAGAGAGCUGGCGCCCCUGCAGGACCUUAUCGAGAAACUAGGCAGCAAGGAUAGAUAGACACUGAUAUGAAUACCAUAUCGGUCCGCCUUAAUGCAUUUUAUAGAAAGCCUUGAUUUCUUCCUGUCCACUUUUUGGAGUCUGAAUUGCUGAUUGUCUUUGCAACGUCUCCGCUGUGCUUCCUGAAGCUCGUAGGAGUCGUCACCCUGAAAACUCUUGAUCUUCUCUUCGUGUUUGUUCUGUUGUCAGUAUUACACUGUAGCCUUUAUAAGCAUGUCUUUGUGACGGAUUGGGAUAUAAAACAAACAUCAGAGUUGAGUUUUUAUGGAAGUUAAAGUAAAACCAGCGUUUUUAGUCAGUGCUUUUAAAAUGUUUGAGUAAGAUGUGUUUGGGGGAAGGGAUCGAGAUUACUUUUUUAUUUUUAUUAUUAUUGUUUUGUACAAGUUUGAAGGCAAAUGUUAUUUUUGAUUUUUUUUUCCAUUUCUAUGUGAAUGCAUAUUCAACCGUGAAGAUUGUUACAAGACGUUUUUCAGUUGUAGGUCAAUCCCAAGAGAUUUAUAUUCCGACUUUUAAGCAGUAUUUCACGAUUAAUAAUCGAAGCAUCUGGUUCAUCUUAUUUUUUCCUUUUUUUAUUUCUAGUCACAAUAAUGACUUUCUACCAUGUACACAAUCAUUUUCGUAAGCAUUUCGUCUUGUUAAUAUUUAGGUUAUAGCCAAUGAAUGUUAGUAAAAAUUCCCAAAUGUCAUUUUAAAUUACACAAAUGGUUAUUCGUUAAUACUUUCUCAACGUUUUACUUUUUGUUUUUACGAACUGAACUGUGUUUUGCAUUAUUUGUAUUUUUAGACUUUUUACAAAAGGUGCACUUUUUCUUUUUUACAUCUAUGUUUUUAAGUUGGUAAUUUUCAAAGGGAAAAGGUGAAACUUUUAUUUUGAAACUAAAACAUUCCUCACCCUGAAGCACGUUUUUUGCUGAGAUGCUUGGUGAAAAAA